AUGUCCGACAAAGAGUGCGCUGCACAACUCAGCGUCUGGUCACCUUUGCUUGAAGCAGUUGAGUAUGAGGAGCACGACUGGGUCAGCAUCUUCGCCACUCAAAAUUCUGGCUUCACGGGAACUCCCUCAAAGGAGAUGGAGGAUAAAUGGAAACAUGUCGUCGUUCCACCCGAGCGCCUUCCGUCGUUAAAUCGCAGCGCCAACCAGCAAUUUGUACAUGUGUCUUCAACAUCCUCUUUCCAAGGCUACGUCGCUGGCAUCGAGGUGUUCCAUCAUCUUCACUGCCUCAAUGUUUUGCGGCAGUACAUCUGGCGGGAUUCUUACGCCGACGAUCUCCUCCCCAUCCUAUUCAAGAACCGUUCGUCUCUUAUUGUAAGUGCCCAUGUGGACCAUUGUAUUGAGACAAUUAGGCUUGCCUUAAUGUGUAAUGCCGAUGUUACACCAUACCUUCUUUACGAGAAGGAGGCAGAACCUGGCUCGGAUGUACCAGCUAGGGAGGAUUUCCAGGCAUUCCACAAAUGCAAGAACUUUGAUCGUCUGCUGGAUUGGGUCAAUACGAACGGGGUUGUUGUGCCAUGGCGUCAAAAGAACCAUCCGAACUAG